AAUGUCGGACAGUGCUUUCUGUAAAUGAAAUGUUUUGGUGAUUUCACGCUGGACUAAGCAGAGCCGCUUCAACAUGAGACGACUCCUCAGACAGCUAUUAAAAACCGGAGCGGUUUAAAGGAGAGUCACACAAAGAUUUCACCAUGAGUAGUCGUAGGAAGCGGGCCCCUCCAGUGAGGGUGGAUGAAGAUGCCAAGAAGAGGCUGGACUGGAACAUGCUGGAGGACCGUGUGAACGAGGCCAUCCAGGAAGACGACCAGACGCCCUCGUGCUCCCUUCUUCCUGCAGACUCCGCUCCCAGCAGCGCCUUCCUCCCUGCAACGGAGGACAUCACCGAUGCCGGUUUCACCCGCUCUGUCCGCUUCUCAGAGGAACUCCCUGGCACUUCUUCAGACAUCACCUCCGUCUCCACUUCUCUGGCUCUCACGGUGCUGCCAGCCCUGAAGCUCGGCCACGUUUGGAAGGCCCUCAUCGGGGAGUUCAGCGUCCGGCCGGCCUGGCUUCCGGCCGACCGCGAUGAAAGAGCUUUCACGCUGCACAGGACGGGCGAUCAGCUGUGCCUCAGCUACAGCAGCGCCGACGAGAGCUCGGGACUGCAGUGGAGGCCUGGCGAGGACACGUGCACGGCAGAAUGCAACCUCAGUCGAAUCCCACUGGAGGAUCUGGACUGGCUGCAGAAGAGGAGGGUGCUGCAGCUCUGCUACCAGGCGGACGAUGAGUUUCUGAAGGUGGGGAUUUACCUGCUGGAAACUGGACUCGGGAAGCCGGAGUUCCUCAGUGAGGGAAACUCUCGGCUGAAGAAAGCAAACCAACUCAUGCAGAAGUUAAUGGAAUAUUUCUACGAUUUCAUUAUUCCUGAAGUUGUGGAGAAUGAGGAGGAAGAGUGCGACACUGACCUGGAGAGGCAAAAUGUGGAGGAGCUGUAUGAUUAUGUCAGACUGCUGCACCAGGACCGGAGCCAGGAGUUGACCUACGACGUCCAACACAAAGCCCUUCUCCCUGUACUGCGGCCCUAUCAGAGCCAGGCGGUCAACUGGAUGCUGAAAAGAGAGCGAUACAGGAACACCUCAGCUAAAGAGCAAUCGCUGCAUUUCCUCUGGCGGGAGUUGGUCGCUUUGUGUGGCAAGAAGUUGUUUUACAACCCAUUCACCGGCUGCUUGAUUCGGGAGUUCCCGCUGGCUGGCAUCGAGUGGCCCGGUGGGAUCCUGGCUGAUGAGAUGGGGCUGGGAAAGACGGUGGAAGUCCUGGCGCUGAUCCUCUUUCACACUCGACAGGACCUGGAACAGGAGACGCUCACGCUGCCUGUGGGAAAAUCUGUGAAUUACUUUGUUCCUCCUCCUCCAUUGGAAAGGAAGAAAGUGAUUCGGUGCAAAUCUGAAGCUCAGCCGAAGAUCAAGAUAUCCUACCCCACCGUGCGCGUCAUGCUGCUCACCGCAAUAAAGGAGAUGAGAUCUGGCAAAGGAGCCUCGGUCAACGCCGUCUUCACCUACAUCCGCGCCACUUACGGCUACGACCUCCUGAAGAACCGCAACCACAUCAGGAAGACGCUGACGAAGCUCAUCGACGAAGGCGUGGUGGAUCGGGUCAAAGGUCGCGGCCUGGCGGGUUCAUUCAAGCUGGGAAAGAAGUACAAGGAAACAAAGAAAACUUUGGCAGCAGCGUCCAAGUCUAGCAUGAGAACCAUAGAGAGCACGCCCAGGAAAACAUUUCAGAGACGAGCAAAGGAGAAGGCAGAGGCCGCUCUGCAAAACUCCCUCUCGGAAGAUCAGACGGAUCCCAGCUCACCCACAUCCAACUGUCCCGUACCCGACGAAACGACCGCAAAGGAGGAGUGGGAUGAAAGAACUGAGAAAGCCGAUCAGUCGGACGACGCGCUCGAUUCCACCGCUGCACUCUCACAGGCGCCUCAGGAUAAAAGUGAGCCGGAUGCAGAGGAAACGUGCAGAACAGAAGAUCCACCCGAAGAGUCUACGCAGCUCGAGGAGGCAGAAACCCCGACCAGGGCUUCCGUUUUCCCUUUCAACACCCCCGAUUACCGCUUCGAGUGCAUCUGUGGCGAGCUGGGCAUCAUCGACUACAAGGCCCGUGUCCAGUGCAUGAACUGUCAGCUGUGGCAGCACGCAGACUGCGUCAACUACAAAGAAGAGAGCCUGGAGACCACUCCGUUCUACUGCCCCCACUGCCUGGUGGCCAUGAAGCCGGUGUCCACCGGCGCCACGCUCAUUAUCUCCCCCAGCUCCAUCUGCCACCAGUGGGUGGAGGAGAUCAACCGCCACAUCAGAUCCGCCUCGUUACGAGUGCUGGUGUAUCAGGGUGUGAAGAAACACGGCUUCAUCCAGCCGCACAUGCUCGCCGAGCAGGACGUGGUCAUCACCACCUACGACGUGCUGCGCUCCGAGCUCAACUACGUCGACAUUCCCCACAGCAACAGCAAAGACGGCCGCCGCUUCCGCAACCAGAAGCGCUACAUGGCCGUGCCCAGUCCUCUGGUGGCCGUGGAGUGGUGGCGGAUCUGCCUGGACGAGGCUCAGAUGGUCGAGUGUCCCACGGCGAAGGCUGCAGAAAUGGCCCUGCGCCUGGCGUCCGUCAACCGCUGGUGCGUCAGCGGCACUCCUGUGCAGAGGGGCCUGGAAGAUCUCUACGGCCUGGUGCUUUUCCUGGGCGUCGACCCGUACUGGGUGAAACACUGGUGGGACCAGCUGCUGUAUCGGCCCUAUCGGCGAGGGAACACGGAGCCUCUGUACAACGUGAUCGCUCAGAUACUGUGGAGAUCAGCCAAGAAAGAUGUCAUUGAUCAGAUCCAGAUCCCCCCUCAGACAGAGGAGGUGCACUGGCUGCACUUCUCCCCCGUCGAGGGUCACUUCUACCACCGGCAGCACGAGGUCUGCUCGCAGGACGCUCUGGUCAAACUCAGGAAGAUCUCCGACUGGAGCCUGAAGCUCGGCAGCCUGGACCGCCGGACCGUCAACACCAUCCUGUGCCCUCUGCUGAGGCUGCGGCAGGCCUGCUGCCACCCCCAGGCGGUGAGGGGGGAGUUCCUGCCCCUGCAGAAAAGCACCAUGACAAUGGAGGAGCUCCUGAAGUCCCUGCAGAAGAAAUGUCGAGUGGAGUGUGAAGAAGCUCACAGACAAUUGGUGUGCGCACUCAACGGGCUGGCUGGAAUCCACAUCAUCAGAGAUGAGUUUGUAGAGGCGGCAGAGAUGUAUAGAGAAGUGCUUCGUUCAUCAGAGGAGCACAAAGGCCGGCUGAAGACAGAUUCACUGCAGAGGCUUCAUGCUACCCACAACUUGAUGCAACUGUUGAAUGCAAAGCAUCCUGGGAUUCCUCCCACGCUGAGAGACGACCGACUGAGUGAAGAGGCGGAACAGCUGCGGCAGCACUACAUGACCAAGUAUGACUCGGAGGUGGCGGACGCCCAUCAGGCCCUGCAGCCGGUGCUGCAGAACAUCAAGGAGCUGAGGAGAAAAGUGAAGCUGAACUCUCCCUGGUGGCUGGAAGUCAUUCAGCGGGCGAGCCGAAGCGCCACCGACGACGACCUGGUGUCCCGGGUCAAGAACGAGCUGACGUCCAGCUACAAGCAGCAGCCCAACAAGCUCUCCAUGGCCGACAAGUUUCGCGACGCCUGUGGGCUGCAGUUCCUGCUCACCACGCAAAUGCAGGAUCUGAUGAAGUCUCAGAAGACCGUGCAGGACGCCGUGAAGAGUCUGGAGGGUCCCGCCUCGCAGAAAGUCAUCGACGAGGCAACCAUUUGUCAUCUGAGACCGAUGAGGCUGCCGCUCAACAACUGCGUGUUUUGCAAAGCGGACGAACUUUUCACCGAUUACGAGUCCAAGCUGUUUUCUCACACGGUGAAAGGUCAGACGGCCAUCUUCGAGGAGAUGAUCGAGGAUGAAGAGGGGCUCGUGGACGACCGUCUCCCCACCACCAGCCGAGGCCUGUGGGCCACCAGCGAGACGGAGCGCACCCUGAAAGCCAUCCUGUCCUUCGCCAAAGCCAGACGAGUGGAUCCGGAGCUGGUGGAGGAGGGGAACACGUUUAUGGAGCUGUUUGAGAACUGGAAGAAAGAGUACAAGGUCCUGCAUGAGUACUGGAUGGUGCUUCGUAAUCACGUGUCCGCCAUCGACGAGUUGGGCAUGGCGACCGAGAGGCUGCGAGUGCGUCUGCCCGAUGAGCCCAAACCCAAACUGCUGCACAUCAUCGAGCCUCACGAGGUGGAGCAGAACAGGGUGAAGCUGCUGAACGACCAAGCCGUGGCCAAGUCUCAGCUCCAGAAAAAGCUCGGACAGUUCCUGUACCUCACCAACCUGGAGAAGUCGCAGGACAAGUCGACCGGAGGGUUGAACCCGGAGCCGUGUCCCAUCUGUGCCCGACCGCUGGGGCAGGAGUGGGCCGUGCUGACCUGCGGCCACUGCUUCUGUAACGAGUGCAUCGCCAUCAUCGUGGAGCAGUACAGCGUGGGAUCCCGGCGCCGAGCCAUCAAGUGCGCCAUCUGCAGGCAGACGACGUCCCACGCUGAAAUCUCCUACGUCUUCACGACGCAGUCGUCCAGCCAGGACCAAGACAUCCCGGUCAAGGGAAGCCACUCGACCAAGGUGGAGGCUGUGGUGAGAACCCUGAAGAAGAUUCAAGUGACCGACCCCGGGGCCAAGUGUCUCGUUUUCUCUACGUGGCAGAGCGUGCUGGACAUCAUUGCCAAGGCCCUGUUUGACAAUAACAUGGAGUUUUCUCAAAUCAAUGGGAUUCAUAAAUUUCAGGAGAAUCUGUGCUCCUUCAAAUACGAAGAGAAGAUCAACAUCCUGCUCCUGCCUCUCCACACGGGCUCCAACGGGCUGAACAUCAUCGAGGCGACGCACGUGCUGCUGGUGGAGCCGAUCCUCAACCCGGCCCACGAGCUGCAGGCCAUCGGCAGGGUGCACCGAAUCGGCCAGACCAAGCCGACGUUCGUUCACCGAUUCCUCAUCAAGUCCACCAUCGAGGAGCGGAUGCAGGCGAUGCUGAAGACGGCAGAGAAAAGUCACACCAGCACGGCCAUGAAGCACUCGGAGGCAGCCGUGCUGACGGUGGCCGACCUGGCAGACCUGUUCACCGAAGACACCGAACCUCUGGAGUGACAGCAAAGAAAGACACUGCUCCCUUUUUUUACUCUGUUCUGGUAAAACUUCACUGAUUUUAAACAUUCCACUGUUUUUUUUUGUUUGUUUGUUUUUUUUUUAUACGAGCACUAUGAAAUUGCGGAGUGCUUUUCCAAAAAAGAUCUUUUAGCAAAAUAAUUGACAACAAACGUUGAAGACAUGAAUCCUUUUUCAACCUUUUGGCAGCAGCUGCAUUCAGGACUCUUGCUGUUGAGCAUGGAUUUUUCUGCUUCAAUAACCGGUUUUAUCUGUUUUACCUUCACGUGUAAUGAUUGAUUAGGCGAUACUGUUGUCUGUGGUAAUCUGAUGUUCAACUUCUCUGGAUGUAAAGAUUUUAAAAAUCAUGGGGUAAUACACAUCGUGCUGGCCGCUUCUGUCCGUCAGCCGGUUUUAAACUGCUGUCUCUCGUCUCGUGGUCCGUUUUCUGUGCAGUAAAAAUGUGAGCAUUGUUUCUAACUUCCCUUAUUUUUCACUUCUAAAGUGAAUUCAGGUCAGAAGUGGAAGCGUUUUUAGGAGGAUUUUCCUCAAACAACCUGUCUUCUUUGAUGGUGAAAACAAUGCCAGACAGGGAUGUCUGACUUAUUUGCAAUACAAAGAAAACUAAAGCUGCAGUGUCUUGGAAAGAAAUCUUGUAAAUUAAACCCGUAAAAGUUGAAAAACGUGAAAAAAGAUUUCUGCCUCACUGUGGCAGCCGUCUCAUCUCUCUGUUUUAUUGUCACUUACAAAUUGUCUGGACAAGUUUAACACCCGCACCGUCGCUUUAUUGAGGCUUCCCUUAUUCCACCGCCAUAAAUUUCGGUGAAAAUAAUCUUUUUUGUUUUGCGUUUGCACACACAUCGCGCUCGCAGGUCCUCGGCUUUGUCGGUGAAUUGCCCUCGACUCGUAAUGAGUUUCUUUUCACCUGACUGACAGGGAUUCCCGCACCAGUAAAGAUUUUAAAACGCUGCAGACAAAAGAUGGAGACAACAAAGAGCGCCAGCCCCGUGUGCUGCUGCUGCUGCUGCUGCUGCUCCUCACAUGGUUACCAGACUCCGUGCUGCUCCCUGUAGGAAGGAACGGCCGUAAGAUGUUUACUGAGAGGACAUGGCUGCUGUAGGCGGCGACAUAUACGUGUUACCUUGGACUCCCCUCAGUUCUCCCUAUUCAUGUGCGGAAUCUCAUUGUUGGCGCGGACAUCAUUCAAGCUGGUGUUUUAAGGCCGAAGGGAGGCUCCCAGUUCAUUAGAGCCGUGUUUCAAGGGUCUGCAGUGAGAGCGCU